AUGCAUGUCCGCAUCCAUGCUCGCCCGCAGGGCCUCGGAGCAAGACUGUACAUGCUUGACCGCAACGCGCUGCGCCGUGGUUCAUGCUUCGAGCCGUCGACGAAACUUGCCUCGGCGGCCGAACAAGGCGGCGGCGGCGUCAUCCCACGUAAUGCUCCGCAGCACGUAGGUGAGCUGGCGCCGAGCGCUCGCACACGUCGCAUGCUCGUGCGCGUACGUGCUCCUCCCACGACCUGGCGGGCAGGUAGGCAGGUAGGCGGACGUACACCUCGCAUGCCGAGGGCGGCCGGCUCUGGCCAUGGCACCUGUUCCCCGUGCGUGGUGCGUGAGCCCUUUCGCCGUCGCUUCGAAUGCAGGAGCCGUGCCGCGUCUCCCUCGACCGUCUUGCGACGCUCGUACCCGUCGUCGUGGAGCGGUCGAGUUGCUCGCCAAGCAGCUCGCGAGGAUGGGGCGCCGCGCGACGAGGGGGGCCCACGGCCGUCGUUGGGGAACGGAAGCCCCGGCUCGACAAGCCUCCCUAGCACGAGGUUCCGGUCGUCGAGCGAAGCUGGUGGCACCCGCUGUCCUCGUCAUGGUGGUCUUGCGCAUGCCGACGACGACGACUUGGCACGACGCAGGCGUCAGCCGUCCAUCGGGGCGAGGCGUCGAGUGGCCAGCUUCGUCCACGACUGGGCCCCCCCCGGACCCAAACACGACCCUCGGUCGGUUUCGCACCCGUACCCGUACGGUACGGAGUGGGAGUCGGAGCAGGUGCAGCGGCCACGGAAGGGACAGCCUCGUUCGAAGGGGCCGUCUGAUGCCUGGACGCGAACGGAAGCGGGCGAUGGGGCCUCCUCCAGACGGCCGACGCACCAGUAG